AUGGAGGAGAGCGACGUGUACGUGCGUGAGGAGGGCGACCGCCCCGUGGAGCACUCGCCCCGCGGGCGCUACAUCCGCUUCGACAUCCGGCUGGGCAUGGGCGCGUACAAGUCGGUCUACAAGGCGUACGACACGGACCAGGGCAUCGACGUGGCGUGGAACGCCAUCGACAUUGGCCUGCUGCCGUCCACGGAGAAGACGCGCAUCAUCCAGGAGGUGCAGCUGCUGCAGAAGCUCGAGCACAAGAACAUCAUCAACUUCUACGGCUCGUGGUUCUCCAAGGAGAAGAACCAGGUCGUGUUCAUCACGGAGAUCAUGACGUCGGGCACGCUGAAAUCCUACAUCAAGCGCGUGCAGUUCAUCAAGUGGAAGAUCAUCAAGCGCUGGUGCAUCCAGAUCCUCGAGGGGCUCCACUACCUGCACAGCCAGAACCCGCCGGUCAUCCACCGCGACCUCAAGUGCGACAAUAUCUUUGUGAACGGUAAUACCGGUGACCUCCGCAUUGGCGACCUGGGCUUGUCGACGCAGCUGGCGGUGGACAAACGCUCCAAGGCGCAGAGCGUGCUGGGCACGCCCGAGUUCAUGGCCCCCGAGCUGUAUGAUGAGAGUUACGACGAGAAGGUGGACAUCUAUGCGUUCGGUAUGUGCGUGCUGGAGAUGGUGACCAAGGAGGUGCCCUACUCGGAGUGCAUCAACCCGGCGCAGAUCUACAAAAAGGUGACGGCGGGUAUUCGCCCCAAGGGAUUGCAGCGCGUGGUGAGUCAGGCGGCGCGGGAUUUCAUUGAGCUGUGUCUGUCGCGUGGAAACGGGCUCGUGGACGUGACUGCGCAGUACCUGCUGGGUCACCCGUUCCUCAAGGUGCAGGACGAUGACAAUGACAUGGUGGAGUGUUUGGAUGAAGACGAGCUGGAGCGUGAGAGCAAGGAGGAGCAGCAGCGACUGGAGAAGGUGGCGGAGGAGUCGUUCUCGGUGGAGUUCAACAUGGAGAGUGGAUCGAAGGUUGCCAUCAGCGACCGACGGAAACAGUUCCCGUCGUUGUCGUUGGAACCGGAGGAGAUGUCGGCGGCGUCCUCCAACAGUGGUAGUGCGCCGGGUAAAGCGGCUCCAACGUUGGCCCAUUCGCCCUCUCAGCCGGUUAUCAGUGAAAUGGUUAGUGGUGAUGAACCGCUGUCAUCGGGCAAGAAGAACGCCGAUUCACAUGUGGACCAGUUCCUCGCUACGCUGCCUGGAACUGAGAGCGCCAUUCAGAACACGAGGAUAAACAUCAUGGGUGGAAGAGGGCAACGACUGGAUUUGGAGAAUGACGUGACACCGGAGUAUGCUGAAAGUCCCGCGGAGUCGCCUGUGGCAAACGGUAAACAAACUCCGGAGCACUCGCAAUCUUUUGCAGGGCAGCCUUCAGUGGCCCCGGUGGAUGUACCGAAGGUCGAGCCGCCCAAUUCAGCCCCGGGGCUUUUGACGCCGUCUCAAGCUCCUCAGGCUCAGGUUCCAGCAAUGCAGCUUCCUGAACGUGAUGUGCAGCCUCAAACGAACCUCGUCCGCCGUGCCAGUAUCCAUGGAGCAGCUGACCCAUCUCCACCACCUCCUCCCCAGGUGCCUCAGCAGACGGCUAGCAACGCGACUGCAAGAAAGCGAGUAAAGCGGCAUGAGAUUAAGGCUGCCAAAGACCCGGACAAUGAGCACAGCAUCCUACUGAAUCUGCGCAUCAUGAUCGACGGCAAAUCAAAGGAAAUCAAAUUUCCGUUUAACUUGUUCGCUGACAGCACGCACGAAGUCGCGUGUGAAUUGGCUGUGGACGUGGGGAUUCUCGAGCCGGACCUUGAAGACAUUGCCGACUCCAUCCGUUUCCUUGUGACCGAGGGCAAGAUCAACAACCUUUCGGACGUGCAGGAAGAUGUGUGGGAGGAAGCGCCGGAGCCGCAUUCGUUCUCGUCCAAGCCGAUUCCUAACGUGUCCAAGAUGUCGUUUGUCCAUGUACCACCGCCUGGUUCGUAUCAGCAGCAAGCUUAUCUCAUGGGUGCUGCGGCAUUGGAGCGUUCAGCGAGUGCGUCCAGCACCUCCGCCUCGGGAGUACCGGCAUCCGUGCUUCAGAGCCAAUUGAACCCUGCCGCUCUCAGUGACCCGUCGUCUACGGUAAUGGUGCUGGAUGGGGGUGUUUCUGUCCCCCCACUGAGUACUAGUAGCAGUACCAGUGCGCUGUCAUCGUUCCCUGGCUCCGAAGUCGGUCGGUCGCCGCCACGCCCUGGCCUCCCGCACGCUGGUAGUGAGUCGACGCUGACGAAGGAGGCGCUGCUGAAUAUUUUGGAGAUGCGGGCACGGGGAGUGUCAAUGGGCUCGAUCGCCGACCCUUCCUACGUUCAGCAGAUUCACCAGCUUGAAGACCGACUGAAAAUCGCGCGGACUUCGUUUGACGAGCGGGAGUCGUCCCUGGAAGCUGCAAUCCGUAGUGAGGAGGAAAAGCACCAGCGUGAAAUCGAGCGUUUCCGCAAGAAGAUGGAGGAGUUUGACAAGCAGCGUGCUGCCAUUGCUCGGCAGCAUAACGGUGGCGACAGCGCUGUUUUCAGCGAGGCUAAUGGCUCAUCAUCUACCGCAUUGGACGAAAGCCUCCGACUGCUUGCUCAGGGCGAGUCGCUUGCGAACGCGAGCGUGCAGAACCCGUCUUCAAUGCUAGUGGAGUUUGAUAUCGACGUGGGUCUUCCUGUUGACGGAUCUGAUGAGGAGCCUUCGCCGCCGCCUUCGGGAACGACAACCGUGCCUGCGCCUGCCAGCUCAGGAGCUGAAACUGUAGCGGCGCCCGCCCCAGUGCCUGUGGACGAGCUGAUCCCCGAAAGCUACUUGCAGUCAGCGGCACAACCGGCACCAGUAAAUGACACGACGACGACGACGACGACAGCACCGACACCGACACCCAGUCAACCGCCGACUGGACAGUCGUAG